CACGCGCCUUUAUCAGUCUUUCUUUGGAGCCUUUCUUCAGUCACCACCUCUCGGCGCCCUUAUCUCUAGCUUGGCCACAGCGCAGGACCCUACAAGCGAGAGUUAGUCGACGAUCUGUGGCUCGGCAGGUGGAAGUAUCCUUUCCACCCAUCCAUCAUAUAGCCAGCGUUGGACCUUCCAGCCGAUCCAGAGCUUCUUCUGGCCUGAGCCUCACUUCACACACGCACCCUCAACCUCUUUCUUUGAAACACUUUUGCAGUAUUACUGCAAUUGGGUUUGCACAUUCAGUUUUCUUAUUGAGACUGAAGUUGGGUUGCAUCUUAUCAGCGGCAUUCUCAGCUUACGUGCCUGAACGGGCUCGCAUAGCAACCAGGGCUUCGAACGCCGCAUCCGACCUCACUCGAAUACACCACACAUUGGAGACGAUCUCGAACGACACACAACAUGUCUGGCGGGUACGCACCCAGCUAUAGCUGGAUUGGUGCUCCAGCCGAAUUCAAUGGCACCAACGAAAACACAGGAGGCGACAGCUCGGUAGAAAAUCUGAACCAAUGGUUCGCAGCCGGCGACACAUCCUACAUCAUCGUAGCCUCCGCCAUGGUCAUGGUCAUGGUUCCCGGUCUCGGCUUCCUCUACUCAGGCCUCGCACGAAGAAAGUCAGCAUUGAGCAUGAUCUUCGCCUGUCUCGGCUCCUACUCCAUCAUCACAUUCCAAUGGUAUUUCUGGGGCUACACUCUCGCCUUCAGCAGCACAGCAUCGAACUCCUUCAUCGGCGACCUUCACAAAUUCGGCCUCAAGAAUACACUCGCAGUACCUUCGCAAGGAAGCCCUCUGAUCCCCGACUUGCUAUAUUCGUUCUACCAAAUGCAAUUCUGCGCUGUCACGGCGGCGAUUAUUAUGGGUGCUGUGGCUGAGCGUGGAAGGUUGAUGCCCGCGAUGGUGUUUAUUUUCUUCUGGGCGACGAUCGUCUAUUCUCCGGUGGCAUACUGGGUAUGGAAUGCGAACGGUUGGGCCUUCAAGUGGGGUGUGCUCGACUACGCUGGUGGCGGUCCUGUCGAGAUCGUCUCCGGUAUGUCUGCUCUCGCCUACUCGAUGGUUCUGGGAAGACGCCAGGAGAAGAUGAUGCUCAACUUCCGUCCACACAACGUCUCGCUCAUCACUCUCGGAACUGUCUUCCUCUGGUUUGGCUGGCUCGGAUUCAAUGGUGGUUCAUCUUUCGGUGCCAACCUCCGCGCUGUCUACGCUUGCUGGAACUCCAACUUGACUGCCAUGUUCGCUGCUAUGACUUGGGUUGUCCUCGAUUGGCGUCUUGCUCGCAAGUGGUCGAUGGUCGGCUGGUGCUCUGGAACCAUUUCCGGACUCGUCGCUGCUACUCCAGCAUCUGGUUUCCUCCCACUCUGGGCUUCCGUCAUCCUCGGUAUCGCCACUGGCGUAGUUGCCAACUUCUCCACCAAGAUCAAGUACUGGAUCCGCAUCGACGAUUCGAUGGAUGUGUUCGCUGAGCACGGCGUCGCCGGAAUGGUCGGUCUCUUCUUCAACGGUGUCUUCGGCGCAACCUAUGUGAUCGGUCUCGACGGCGUCAACACCGAUCUCUUCCCAGGUGGCUGGAUCCACCGCCACUGGCUCCAACUCGGCCAGCAGGUCGCCUACAUCGCCGCCGUCACUGCAUACUCAUUCGUCGUCAGCGCCAUCAUCGCUUACGCCAUCAACUUCAUCCCCGGCAUGAAGCUCCGUGCUUCCGACGAAGCUGAGCUUCUCGGUAUGGACGACGACCAACUCGGCGAGUUCGCCUACGAUUAUGUCGAAGUCCGUCGUGACUACCUCGCCUGGACACCAGCCCACGGCGACGUCAACAAGGGCGAAGCCGAUGUUCCCCAAGGCGAUCGUCACGGCAUUCAAGGCCACAGCGACAUGCUCGAAGGCAAAGACCCCAACGGCAGCGAAGGCAGCAGCCAACAAGGGACGGCGCAUACCGGUAUCGGUGGUGACCGACAUGGUAUUGCAUAUGAGGAGAUGGAGAAGGCCAAGCGUGAAGCUCAAAGCGGUGGCCAUUAAUCGUUUCUUUUGCAUCGUUUCUAAUUUGUAUAUGCUUGGGACCUCUUUUGGCUAGAAAAGAGUUUUGAAAUUUUCCGAGAUACCAGAACAGCACACGCUCAGUCAGAUGGUUUGAUCACAGUGUCAGCGGCGCUUCACCUCGUCGGCUGUUUGAUGAUUUACACUGUAGGAUGUGGAUGAGCCAGCGACAUUUAUAGCGAUGUACGUAUUUCUUGUUUAUAUUAGACCUAGACUUUCGCAUUUCAAAGUUCUCGGUGUACAUG